ACCGACUGUAAAUUGAGGGAGAGAGUGAAGCAAGAGGAACUGUCUGAGAGAGAAGAGAGAGGAAAGACAGAGAGACUGGGGGGUUCUAAUCACUGGCCUCAUGUUGCAGGAGCUCAUUUGACACAACAGAAGUCUUGGCAGAAGAAUGCUCUUUCCCUCAGGCCAGCUGGCUUUGAGCGCAGGGAUAUGGAUGUCCCCUAAGUGUGGAUACCAUGCUGGUUCGCUCCCUAUCUUUCUUUAUCUCCUUCAGUUUUUAGGCACUGGAGCAUCUUGGCCCAAUGUUUUUAGGUCGCAGGAGGAUAAAUGUCCCGGCCCACAGUGGAACGCCAUGUGCCGUACCUGCUGUGAGUAUGAGCAGAUUUCAUGUAAGUGCCCGUCUCAGGGAACGAAAGUGGGCUACGCUGUACCCUGCUGUCGAAACGUUUUGGAUGAGUGUGACCCCUGCAUCCUUCACCAGGGUUGCAGCAUUUUUGAUAACUGCAAGACUUGCAACAAUGGCACCUGGCAGGCCAAGGAUGAUUUCUACAUUAGAGGCAGGUACUGCACAUCGUGUCGUCGAGGGUGGUCUGGUGGAGACUGUCUCACAUGCGGAGAAGUUAUCCAGAGACCACAUGGUCAUGUGACUUUAGAAAGUUAUCCAAUCAAUGCCAAAUGUGAAUGGACACUACAAGUUGGCCAAGGAGCAACAAUGGAACUCAGGAUUUCAACGAUUAGCCUGGAAUCUGACCACAGUUGUCGAUAUGACUAUGUAGAGGUGCGGGAUGGGGACAGUCCAAAGUCACCUGUGAUUGGCAGAUACUGUGGGGAUGAAAGCCCUUUACCAAUCAGAAGUUCUGGAAACUCUCUGCAUAUUCGUUUUGUGUCAGAUGGCUACAAUAACUAUGAUGGGUUUUUUGCUACUUUCCAGGAACUCUCAGGACAAGCACCACCUCUCUGUGCAACCCCCAAGAAGCCACCACAUGGAGAUCUCUUCCUGCGGUACAAGGAAGGUGACAUCCUCACCUCGGUUCAGUAUCUGUGCUAUAAACCGUACAAGCUCAAGGGAGCAUCUCAGCGGGCAUGCCUUCCCAAUGGCACUUGGAGUGGCAGUGCUCCUGUAUGCAUAAAGGAAGUGACCAUAAAAGACUGUCCACCUCCUCCACCCCAAUUCCACAAUGGAUACAUCACUGAGGUUUCAGGCUCUGAUGGCAGAAUAAAAUAUGUUGAAUAUUUCUGCAACAACACAUAUAUUCUCAGUGGAGACUCAAAAAGAACAUGCCAGAAGAAUGGGACCUGGAGCGGCAGUCAGCCCCUGUGUGUCAGAGCUACAACAUAAACUAAAGUUUCUUUCAAACUUGUGAUGCAGAAGGUCUUGAAAUUCCAACCUCCUUCAAGGAAAAGUCCAGUCCACAAGCUGUACUCUGCAUCCAGUCAGGGAGGGACUGAAGCAGACACACUGGAGAAAGCCUUUUCUGUUUUUGGAGAUUUGCCACCAACUUUCCACCAUGUGUACACCAGCAUAGAAUAUGAGUGUGUUUCAGCGCUUUACAAGCAUUCUGGCAGUGCACGCCGCACAUGCCUAAAGACUGGAAAGUGGAGUGGUCGCCAUUUCUCCUGUUCACCAGUAUGCGGUAAAUUGCCAGGUGCCAGUCCCCAGAAUUUUACAGAGAUUCACUGGCCAUGGCAUGCUGCCAUAUAUACCCGUCUGUACAAUACCAACCCUCUUAUGGCAAGGACCAAAAGACGGGGGGACACGUUUGCCAUAGAUGAGGAAGGGGAGGGAGAGGAAGAUAAAGAUUGGAUUAAGAAGGAGCAGAGAUGGCAGCUUGUCUGCAGCGGGGCUCUGGUCAACCAGCACUGGGUUGUGGUGGCUGCUCAUUGUGUGACAGAGCCUGGACAGACUGAAGCGCUCAGUACAGAUGAUCUGAAUGUAGUGAUGGGAAAACAUUACCUCAGUGACCUUAGAGAGAACAAGAGACUACAGCACAUACAGAUCUCUCAGAUCUUCAUCCAUCCGAACUAUGAUCCACAUGUCUUAGACUCUGACCUGGCCAUACUGAAGCUAGCGGACAAAGCUCGAAUCAGUGAGUAUGUGUCCCCUGUGUGCCUGCCGCGUCUGCAGGGUGGAGAAGUCACUGCAAAGCAGGCCUUCCUCACCGGCUGGCCCGUAGCAGGCCAAAACAGGGCACACACAGACCCCGAGGCCGCCCGGACCGGACUGAUAGAAUUAGCUGAUGUGGUGAAGUGCGAAAGGCAAUUCAGCAAACACGGGGUACUGAUCAGUAUGACUGACAACAUGCUAUGUGGACGACAACAUCCACUCAGCCCAUCCAUGAUCUGCCCUUCUGAAACUGGAGGGAUUAUUCUUUCACUGUCUGCUGAUUCCCAACCCACUUUAGGGCUGGAGCCUUUUCCCCCCAGCAGCAGAUCAGAAGAUGCUGAUUCUCAUCAUGCUUGGGAACUGCUGGGGCUAGUGAGCUUCGGAUAUGAUCUGCGCGGCUGUAAUCCAGAUUUGUACACCAUCUACACACGGGUAGCAAACUUUAAGAACUGGAUCGAAAAGAACAUUACAUAGAGCUUUAGAUCAAAUAUUAUAGCAUGAUGGUCUGUAUAGCAUUUUCAGUCACACUUUAUUUUAAGGUCCAAUUUUCGCCAUUAACAAACCAUUAAAUAUGACUUUUGCCUCAAUAAACUACUAAUUUGCUACUUAUUUAUAGUUAGUAAGGUAUUUGUUAAGUUUAGGUAUUGGGUAGGAUUAGGGAUGUAGAAUAUGGUCAUGCAGAACACGUGCUUUAUAAGUACUAAUAAACAGUCAAUAUGUUAAUAGUCUUAUUCAAUAUGCCUAUAGGCUUGCUAAUAAGCAACUAGUAAAUUGUGAGAAUUGGUCCUUAUUACUAAAGUGUUACGGUAUUUUCCAUAUUCCAGAUCAUAAAAAAUGGAGAUGAUACAUGUUGCAUUAUCCUUUCAGAUUUGUCAUUCAUUUGACUUUUAGUUUUUUUGUUUUUUACAAAAAAGUUCACUGAUGAGAGAAAGUGUGAAACUUGACAUUUUCCAAUCUGUUUAUGGCCUUGCGUGUGUAUGAGGAUAUGUUUUUGCAUGGUAAAAUGAAGAGAAAGCGUUCCAUGUGAAUUCAGUCACUGGGUUUGCAGGCCUUAGCUUGUCUUUGCUCUCUCUUCAAGAGGUUUCACAAUCCAGUUUGCUCAUACUUUUUACACCAUCAAUAUGUAAAUUUACUUGAGCCUUUAGUGCAGCCCUUGUCGACUAAAACUGGGACAGUGUAUUUAUUUUUCAAAAUGCUUUUAAAUAAAUGAAAUUCGAGAAACACAAUAUCGUAUUUAGUGUUUUUAUUAACAAAUGUUACUUAUUUUUGUAGUCAUUUUAUAAGCUUGAUUAUAGUACACUUACAAGGAUGGCCUCUUCUCAUUGCUCAUUCCUUAAAGGGAUCAAACCUGCAACCUAACUAGUGCUGACCACUGACGCUAUUAUAAUAGAAUAUUGGGGUUUCUUAAAUCUAUCAAAAUCCUUAGUUUUAUGUACAGUAUACAUACAGUAACAUUCAAAGUUUUGGGGUCAGUAAGAUUUUGUUUUGUUUUUC